CGCCCAACGUCGAUGUUGCUACGGCGACAAGACGCCAGCGAUGUGAAACUGUUGAUCGCUGAUUUUUCACCCUCGAUUAGACGUUCAUAAGGACGCUCGGCAAAUGUUUCACUAAUGGUUUCACACUAACUAUUAUACACUGUUAAAGAAGUAUUUUAUGCUAGAAUCAGGAAAAACAAGCGCUAGCAUGUUAGCAUUAAAAGCAACAAAGUCCCAACGAGCUGACAAACACUCUCGAGCAUCCCUUCAAAACUUUACCGAAAGACUACCAUACGAGAUCCAAAAUAAGAUCUUGUCCUACCUGGAUGCUGGCGCACUACUAUGCAUCAGCCAAGUCAGUAAAAUCUUCAAUCAACUCGCCAAUGAUGAGUAGGGCAUUAUGGAGAAAUCUAUGCAAGAGGCUGUUUAAAAAGAAGCCAAUGCACAUGGUUGGGGAGAUGCUGGAGAUCACCACGCUGGAGGGUCACGAUCAGCAUUCACGUGACUGGAAGCUACGAUACUUUAAAACUCUGGAUGCAGGGAUUAGGAGGAAAUGGAAAACGCACAUUGGAGUCGUCAAUCGCCACACAGGGUUGCCCAGUCGCACACUUCAGAUGCUCAGAAACCUAACCUGGGAGCUGACGGUCGUCGACAAAUCAAAGAAUGAAACCACAUAUGAUCUCAGCCAGCUCCAGUUCUUCGAGAGCUCUGCGGUGCUGUGCUGGAAUGGGAGCCUCUGGCCCGACUUCCAUCAAAUCUCCACCAUUCAGCUCCACGGCGUCAGGAGAGUCGCCCUCAACUGCCCUGGACUCAAAGCACCUGGCUGGCGGUCCCUCAUGGAUGUGGUCGACAUGGAGAGUGUGACCAAAAGCAUGCAAGACUAUGGUUGGGAUGAAAUGGUUGAACUGAAGCUAUUGAAGCCUGACAUUGUCAUGGGGCUUUGGAAGGAGCGACGCAGUGUUGCCUUUGUCAUUUUCACUCUCCACUUCUAUCGACUGCUGGAGAGAAGUACCCAGGGAUCCUCCCUUCGUCCCUACGUGGAGCCGAUGGUCAAAGCCCCAUUUGAUGACAUCGACCCUGAUUAUGGUCUCCAUGGUUACCAGCUAAACAUAGCUCUCCACAGCACUGAAUGUGAGCUCAUGUCUGCAAGUUUCUCUAAGUUAUUCUGCCCAAGAGAUCAGAUCUGCAAUGGCCACAUCCGUCUUACUGCCAUUAACGACACCUGCUUUUCGCAGCACACACCUCUAUCAGGUAGUGUCACUCUGCCCUGGAAGUGUGAGGAGCUGCAGGGCAAAGUAAAGGAUCGCUGUAUCAUGACGCUCACUCUUCUAGAUGAGUUCAUCAAACCCUUUUGGUGUGUAAGCUCACCGGUUGCCAUGAUGCACCUCGAGAUGCCAUGUUCACUUUUCUAUUCCGCGGAACAGUUCCUCAUCCAAUAUCGGGACUCAGAGGGUCAAGUAUUGAUGAAAUUUGUGUGGGCGGAGCAGCAGAAGCAGUUUUUCCUCAUCAACUUAGUGGUUUAUGUGACAAUCUGCAAAGUCAACAAGUACUUCAGAAAAGAAUACUGAACAUGUACAGCUUAGCAAUGGGAUUGACCUUUCUUUAUCAAAUCACACAUGUCCACAUUCUGAGCACACUAAGAAAAUUUAGUAUUGGAGUGAGCAGUCACGUAAUGCAGUUGUGUAGGUAAUCAGAUUCCUUCCAUUUCCAUUCCAACCAACUCAAAACUACUACUAUCAAAAAUACUGAAUGUAUUACAGUGAAGAAAAUAAGUAUUUGAACACCCUGCUAAAUUGCAAAUUCUCCCACUUAGAAAUCAUGGAGGGGUCUGAAAUUUCCAUCGUAGGUGCAUGUCCACUGUGAGAGAAAGAAUGAAAAAAGAAAACUCCAGAAAUCACAAUGUAUGAUUUUUUUAAGGAUUUAUUUGUGUGAUACAGCUGCAAAUAACUAUUUGAACACCUGUCUAUCAGCGAGAAUUCUGACCCUCAAAGACCUGUUAGUCCGCCUUUAAAAGUCCACCUCCACUCCAUGUACGUAUUAUCCUGCAUCAAAUGCACCUGCAUGAGGUUGUUAGCUGGAUAAAGACAACUGUUCACCCUAUACAAUCAGUAAGACUCAAAGGUGUAACUUGGCCAAGACCAAAGAACCUGUCCAAAGACACCAGAGACAAAAUUGUACAACCCCACAUGGCUGGAAAGGGCAACAGAGUAAUUGCCAAGCAGCUUGGUGAAAAAAGGUCCACUGUUGGAGCAAUCAUUAGAAAAUGGAAGAAACUAAACAUGACGGUCAAUCUCAAUCAGAGUGGAGCCCCAUGAGAGAUAUCACCUUGCGGGGUUUCAGUGAUACUUAGAAAUGUGAGGAAUCAACCCAGGACUACACGGCAGGACUUGGUCAAUGACCUGAAAAGAGCUGGGACCACCAUUUGAAAGGUGACAGUUGGUAAUACACUAAGACGUCAUGGUUUGAAAUCAUGCAUGGCACGGAAAGUUCCCCUGCUUAACCCAUUCAUGGGCAGGGUUGCAAUUUUUUGCCUUAUUGAGAUAAAAGUCUCCUUACAGGCCACAAUCAAGGAAAUAACACUUUUUUUCGUGUAACGCAGUAAACAAAGGGCAAAAAAGAUGUACCCUCUUGCAGGCAGCGUCCCAAAACGGGACGGGUAUGUUAUCAGUUCUGUGAAGUGAUACAUACUAGAGAUAUAUUUAUUAAUUAAUUCUUAUUCUAGAAUGACACUUACGCAUUAAUAUUCCUAAUGGAUUAGCAUUUUGAAGACAAACUUGGUUCAUACUGACCUUUCUCCCUUUCUUCUCUUGGAAAACGCUCCAUGUGUACUUGAGGCAGUUAUGUUGGCUCAGGAAGGAAAGGGAAAUAACUCCGUGCUAACUUUGGCCAAUGAGUUAUCCUCUCCUGAUAUGAAAUUAUAGCUUCAGAUUAAAACACUUUAAUAUUUUGAUAAACCAAAGGAUAUAAUGCGUGAAACUCAUGAUGUCCCAAAAAUAGAACGCUGCCCACGAAGGUUAAACCAACACAUGUCAAGGCCCGUCUUAAGUUUGCCAAUGACCAUUUGGAUAAUACAGAGGAGUCAUGGGAGAAAGUUUUGUGGUCAGAUGAGACCAAAAUGGAACUUUCUGGUCAUAAUUCCACGAACUGUGUUUGGAGGAAGACGAAUGAUGAGUUCCAUCCCAAGAACACCAUCCCUACUUUAAAGCAUGGUGGUGAUAGCAUCAUGCUUUGGGGGUGUUUUUUUUUCUGCACAUGGGUCAGGACGACUGCACUGUAUUAAAGAGAGGUUGACCGCGGCCAUGUAUUGUGAGAUUUUGGGGAACAACCUCUUUCCCUCAGUCAGAGCAGUGAAGAUGGGUCGUGGCUGGGUCUUUCAACAAUGACCUAAAGCACACAGCCAGGAAAACCAAGAAGUGGCUCCGUAAGAAGCAUAUCAAGGUUCUGGCGUGGCCUAGCUGGUCUCCAGACCUAAACCCAAUAGAAAAUCUUUGGAGGGAUCUUAAACUCAUUGUUUCUCAGCGACAGCCCAGAAACCUCUCUGAUCUAGAGAAGAUCUGUGUGGAGGAGUGGGCCAAAAUCCCUCCUGCAGUGUGUGAAAAUCUGGUGAACAAGUACAGGAAACGUUUGACCUCUGCAAUUGCAAACAAAGGCUACUGUACCAAAUAUUAACUAAACUAAUCAUUUGCAGCUGUAUAACACAAAUCAUUAAAAAAAAAUCAUACUUUGAUUUCUGGAUUUUUCUUUUUAGAUUAUCUUUCUCUCAGUGGACAUGCACCUACGAUUAAAAUUUCAGACCCUUCUAUGAUUUAUAGGUGGGACAACUUGCAAUAUACCAGAGUAUUCAAAUACUUAUUUUCUUCACUGUAACUCCUAAAAAGCCUUGAAUGCAAACGUGGCUUCCCUGUGUCAAAACUUCAUCUAAUCACCCUUCCAUUAACUUUAGUACUCAUCCUGUGCUGGUACCUGUUAACCCAAUAAAAUUCAGGUCAUAGGCAAACUUGUACAUUGAAAUGAGCUCUGAAUCCAAAGUUGGGGUACAUAUGUUGUGUCCACCAAGUGUAUUAAAAGCUCUGGGAGAAGUUAUGUUUAAAUUGUGUUCCAGUAGGUUGCAAUUUCACAAAUCUAUUAAAACAUUUUUACCACAACAGUAUCGAUGACUUUCUUCACACACAUUUCCACAUGAUACUGUAAGGUAUGUGUGGUCCCAUAUAAGCCUAGUAAGUCUCAAGACUUGUGAACUAUAAAUAAAAUACAACAGCAGAAAAAAAAAUAGUCAAAUAAAAAAUAUUUGCAGUUGUGAAUGUGUGCAGAAAAGUAAGGAUUUGGAUGUAGUGAAAAUAUUGCACAUAAUAUGUCCAUUGUUCUUUUACUUUGAAAAGAAUACAUUUAACAGUACCAUCUCAAUAGUAAUCUGUUUUAAUAAGAAUUUUUUUAGGUUGGUCAAAGACA